AUGCAGCAUGCAAGAGUGAGAAGAUUUGCAGGAAGCCAAAUACUGGAUUAUAUCUUGGAUGAAAAUGAGGCAGAGGACACAGAGCAGCAUAGCGAUAUGGAUGAGCAGGUUUCUGAGGCAGAAGAUGAAGUAGAGUAUCAACCAGAAUACACAGACACAUCUGAUGAGUCUGAUGAGGAGGCCACCAGUGCUGAACCUGCUGCUGUUCCUGCUGAAACAUUCAAAUCCAAAAGUGGUAAGAUCUGUUGGAGUUCAGAACCUCCUGACUUACAUGGCAGGGCAGCUGCUGCAGAUGUAAUCAAAAUUACCCCUGGGAUCACAAGGUUUGCUGUGACGAGACGAGAAUCGGCACUGACGCGAUCUGACAAGAUGGCGGAGGGUAAGCGGAGAACAACCCGCUCCUCUUCACAACCCCCCCUACCCCCCGAUGCAGAUGAAUCUUCUAGAGGGGAGUCACCGCCGCAAUCACAGCAGUCGCUGCAGCUCCAGGAGCUGGAGCUCCCUAGCAAAGAAAUCGCUUUGGCGGUUGCACAAAUACUGGCCCCAGAUAUUAAGGCCACGUUGGAGUCCACCAUUGCUGGGACUAUGAAGCAAUUACAACUGGACAUUGCGCAGAACUCUUCCCAUAUUCGGGAAUUAGAGCAAAGGACAGGGACCCUGGAAGAUGAGCUUUGCAAAACUCAGUCUCAAGCCCUGCAAGAUAAAGUGGAGGACCUGGAGAACCGCUCCCGUAGGAGUAAUAUUCGCAUAGUGGGUCUCCCUGAAGAUAUCCCAGCGCAUCAUUUGGCGCGUUUUUGCUCCUCAGAACUCCCGCAGGCAUUGGGAUUUGAGUUGCCGCUUACUGUAGAGAGGGCUCAUAGAAUUGGCCCCCUCAGAGAACCACGCGUUGAUAACCAGCCAUCCAGACCGAGGCCGGUUAUUGUUAAAUUUCUUAACUAUGCUGACAAGGAAGCCAUCUUGGGGAAGUACAGACGCCUGACUAAACCUCUCAGAGUUAAAGGGAAUAAGAUCCUUUUAUUCAGCGAUUAUUCUAUGGAAGUAGCUAAAAGAAGGAGAGCGUUUUCCCAGAUUUGCACAGAGCUGGUCCAGAGGAAAAUCCGCUUUGCUCUCAUUUAUCCGGCUGUAUUGCGUAUUGUAUUUAAACAAAAUGGAGGAACUGACACCUACUUAACGCCGAGAGAAGCAACAGAUGCCUUAGAAGAUGGCGACUUCUCUGACAGCUCGAGGUCCAGAUCAACGCCCAGAGGUCGCUCUUCACCCAGAGGAGGGCGCUCUGGUGGUCAAUUGACACCGAGACCUGGUGACACGUCCCAGAAUAGGCCUGGUGAAGCCUUUAGCCAGGAGGCAGGAAACCAGAUUUUAGUCAUGGGGGAUCUUAACGCAGUACAUAACCUAAAGGAAGAUAGGAAACAGACGCAGUCUUCGCUCCAAUCUACGCAGCCUAUCAGAGGUGGAAGGUUUUCUUUAGAACCUCUCAUUAAGUCCACAGAUGAAGGGGGGAAAAAGCUCACUAACCCGAAAGACAUAAUUGAGUGCUUUAGGAAAUAUUAUGAAGCACUUUAUUCCCAAGACGGGUUUAACCAGUCACGGGCAGAGGAACUUCUAGCUAAUGUCUCUCUCCCCAAACUUUCAGAAGAUAUGCUAAAUAGCCUCAUUAAGCCGAUUACAGUUGAGGAGGUUCAGGGCACCAUUAAGUCGCUCGAAAAUCACUGUGAGAAGCCUGAAGGAAACAUCAUGUUAUCUCUAGAUUAUAAAGAAGAUGAAGAUACCAUGCAGCGCUCUUCAGGAGAAAACUUCAUUACCUGUAAUGUACAUCCAGGACUUCACAGUGCAGAGCCAGCAAAUAAUUCCCCCAAGAAUGAGGAACUUUCUAAUGACCAAUCACAGAUUAACUCAAGUCCAAAUCUAUCAUAUAAUCAUCCUAAACAUGAGGAAUCUUCUCCUGACCAAUCACAGAUUAUUACUCCAAAUAUAAGGCAAAAACGGGGUAAAAGGUUUAAUUGUGAGGAACGUGGAAAACAGUUCAGAUAUAAGUCAGAGCUUUCUAUACACAGAAGUAACACAGGAGAGAAGCCGUAUUCAUGUUCAGAAUGUGGGAAAUGUUUUACCAAGAAAUCAAGUCUUGAUCAACACAAAAGAAUUCACAUAGGAGAGAAGCCAUAUUCUUGUUCAGAAUGUGAAAAAUGCUUUAACCAGAAAUCAAGCCUAGACCAACAUAGGAGAAUCCACACAGGAAAGAAGCCAUAUUCUUGUUCGGAGUGUAGGAAAUGUUUUACCAAGAAAUCAUGUCUUGAUAAUCAUAAAAGAAUUCAAACAGGAGAGAAGCCAUAUUCUUGUUCAGAAUGUGGGAAAUGUUUUACAAGUAAAACAGAACUUAAUAUACAUCAGAGAAUUCACACAGGAGAGAAGCCAUAUUCAUGUUCAGAAUGUGGGAAAUGUUUUACCAAGAAAUCAUAUCUUGAUAAUCAUAAAAUAAUUCACACAGGAGAGAAGCCAUAUUCUUGUUCAGAAUGUGAGAAAUGCUUUAACCACAAAUCAAGCCUUGAUCAACAUAAGAGAAUCCACACAGGAGAGAAGCCAUUUUCAUGUUCAGAAUGUGGUAAAUGCUUUGUGACGAAAUCAAAUCUUAAUAAACAUAAGAUAAUUCAUACAAGAGAGCAGCUAUAUUCAUGUUCAGAGUGUGGUAAAUGUUUUACAGAUAAUUCAUAUCUGAUUGCGCAUCAGAGAAUUCACACAGGGGAAAAGCCAUAUUCAUGUUCAGAAUGUGGGAAAUGUUUUAACUACAAAUCAAGUCUUGAUCAACACAAAAGAAUUCACACAGGAGAAAAGCCUUAUUUAUGUUCAGAAUGUGGAAAAUGUUUCACAGGAAAAAAAAGUCUUACUAUACAUAAACGAAUUCACACAGGAGAAAAACCAUUUUCAUGUUCAGAAUGUGGGAAAUGUUUCACAGAAAAACGAAGUCUUACUAUACAUCAACGAAUUCACACAGGAGAAAAAACAUUUUCAUGUUCAGAAUGUGGGAAAUGCUUUCACCAGAAAUCAAACCUUGAUCAACAUAAUAGAAUCCACACAGGAGAGAAGCCAUAUUCAUGUUCAGAAUGUGGGAAAUGUUUCAUAGAAAAAAGAUGUCUUACUACACAUCUGAGAAAUCACACAGGAGAGAGACCAUUUUUAUGUUCAGAAUGUGGGAAAUGCUUUGUAAGGAAAUCAAUUCUUCAUCAGCAUAAGAGAAUUCACACAGGAGAGAAGCCAUAUUCAUGUUCAGAGUGUGGUAAAUGUUUUAUAGAUAAAUCAUAUCUGGUUGCACAUCAGAGAAUUCACACAGGAGAGAAGCCAUAUUCAUGUUCAGAAUGUGGGAGAUGCUUUAAUCAGAAAUCAAACCUUGAUAAACAUAAAAGAAUCCACACAGGAGAGAAGCCAUAUUCAUGUUCAGAAUGUGGGAAAAGUUUCACAGAAAGAAGAAGUCUUACUACACAUCAGAGAAGUCACAUAGGAGAGAAACCAUUUUAAUGUUCAGAAUGCGGGAACUGCUUUAGCAAGAAAUUAAGUCUUGAUCGACAUAAGAGA